GGCAGGACGGGCAGGCGGUGCCGGCCGCGCGUGCGCAGUGCGGGGCUGCGAGGGGAAGAUGGUGCUGAUCAAGGAAUUCCGAGUGGUUUUACCUUGCUCAGUGCAAGAGUAUCAAGUUGGGCAACUUUAUUCUGUGGCAGAAGCUAGCAAAAAUGAAACAGGAGGUGGUGAAGGAAUUCAAGUCUUAAAAAAUGAGCCUUAUGAAAAGGACGGCGAGAAGGGGCAAUAUACUCACAAAAUUUAUCAUUUAAAGAGUAAAGUUCCUGGUUUUGUAAGGAUGUUUGCUCCAGAAGGCUCCCUGGUUUUCCAUGAGAAGGCUUGGAACGCGUAUCCCUACUGUAGAACAAUUGUGACAAAUGAAUACAUGAAAGAUGACUUCUUCAUAAAAAUUGAGACCUGGCAUAAACCAGAUUUGGGGACAUCAGAGAAUGUGCACAAUUUAGAUCCAAACACAUGGAAGAGUGUUGAAGUUGUCCAUAUUGACAUUGCAGAUAGAACUCAAGUAGAACCAGGAGACUACAAAGCUGAUGAAGACCCUGCAUUAUUCCAGUCAGUUAAGACGAAGAGAGGACCUUUGGGGCCAAAUUGGAAGAAAGAGCUAGCAACUGAUGAAGACUGUCCUAAAAUGUGUGCUUACAAGUUGGUGACUAUCAAAUUUAAAUGGUGGGGACUGCAGAACAAAGUUGAAAACUUUAUACAAAAGCAAGAAAAAAGGAUAUUUACCAACUUUCAUCGUCAGCUGUUCUGUUGGAUUGACAAGUGGAUUGAUCUGACUAUGGAAGACAUUAGGAGAAUGGAGGAUGAAACCCAAAAGGAGCUGGAAGCAUUACGUAAUCAAGGCCAAGUCAGAGGAACAAGUGCUGCCAAUGAUGAAUGAUGAUGGAUUUAACCGUCACAUGCAGUGUUGAUAUACAAAUGUGUGUGUGGAUGCAUGAUUAUUUGUAUAUAAUUAUAUAUACGCACAUGCAUACUGAAGAGGGUUGUUACAGUGUCUCCAGGGUACUAUACCUGUCCUCAGCAAAGAUUCAAAGGAAACUGCUUUCAUUAUGUAUACCUGAAGCAAAUAAAAAUCAACUGAGUAGUGUCAUUUAAAGGAUGAAUUAACUGCAGAAUUAUGCUAACUGGUAUGUUUCAUGAAUGUCAAUACUGGACCAAUUUAUUCCCUCCUUGUUUUUUUCCUGUCUUGAGUCACUCUGCUAUAACUUGCCCCAUAUCUCAUUGUAAAGAAACAGAUUCAAAUAAGUUAAUUUCAGUUUUGUGUUUUCCCUAUGUGAUUAUUUUUGGAAUAGGAACAAUGAAUGUAUUUAUAGCUAUUUAUUUCUGGAUUGUCAUUAUCCUAUAGUCAAAUCAGAAAAAAAUUUCUAUUAGUGGAAAUUGGAGGACUUUUACUGUUGAAUAAGUUUAACCCAAACUUUACCCAUUCACUGAUUUAAAAGAAAAAAAAAAAAAUCAUGUUUUAUUGGACUUUUGUACAUUGAAAUGCUAAUGGUUUUUCUUCAUUAAAAUUGGCAAGAUUAAGGAAAAAUGGCUUGUGAUUUAUAAAAUAAUUGCAACUUGAAAUUUUCCAGAAGCUGGCUUUAUAGACAAAGAUACUGGCAAUACUUGUAGAAUACUUCAAGUAUUUCUUAGGCCGUGCAGUGGAAGUGAAGGGGGCCGAUAGCCCUUCCCUAACGUGAUACUUCCUGUUAAUGAAGUGGCUGUUUUCCAGAGUUUCACUUUGGAAGCUAUGCAGAUGGUCUUGAUUUCACACACAUUACGCAAUGGAAUAUAAUUGUGAUUUUAGCUCUUUUCAUGUUGAAAAUACACUUUAAAAAGAGAUGUAUACUUUCAGAUAUGAUGAAAGUUUAAAUUGUAGCAUCUGACGUAUUUCUCUGAUAUUUGUUAGGAGUAGACACGUAAAAGAAAAAAUGGUGUAAUAAAGACCUGUAGAUAACUCUCGGAUAGGGAAAAUGUCUUCAGCAUUUUUUAAAAAAAUAUUCAGAACAUAUCAUAGAUAUAUAUUAUCAAAAUGCUUGCUAGAUUGGAAACAAAUUAUUUUAAAAACACUAGUUAGAUAAAGUUCUACUGAUGCCUGGUUUCCUCUCAGAAGCCUCGGUGGGGCAAGCCUUGCUUAAGCUUCCAUCUUUAUAAUCUCGUGUACACCCAAGUAUUUUGGAAUCAUUCUGGACCUGUUUUGCUUACAAAAGGAGUGAUCUGAUUUCCAUUACGGGCACUGACAGAAUUUUCCUGAACUUCCAGGGUGGGCCAGGUCUGCCGUGGGACGGGCCCUGCCGGUGCGUGCGGCCGCCAGCCUGAGGCCCUUUGUCCCUCUCCUGUGUAACUGCACCCUCCUACCCUCUGUGCUGCAAAGUCUUAUUUUAUUUUAUUCCCUUUCUGGAUUAGCAGUUGAAUGGUUGUUUGUCCUCUACCAUCGGGAGGUUGGUUUUGUAAAUAUGCGUAGAGACAUGCACACACACACAUGCAUAUGAUUUUAAAAGUGUUUGCAGCCAGGAGGGCUGCUGCACACCCGGGAACCCAAGGGCUCAGUUCUCUCUUCAGUGCUGGAAUACAAGUCCCACUGUCAUUAAUGUGAGUCAUAACACAAACUGAGGGAAAGGGACCCUACAGCUUUCAUGUUUUUGGACUAGUUGUGAAAAUUUGAGAGAAUCUUGUAGUGAAUGUAAAAUGUUUAGUUUACUUUGGCAGUCUCUGGUGUGACCUACAGUAAAACAGUCAAUGAAAUUUAAUUAAAUAAAUUUGGUCAUAAAA